AUGAAGCCGGAGGAUGAGGCCGGCAUGAAACGGGUUCUGGAUACCCUGCAAAUCCCGCGGGGGGUGGCCAAAGAUGCAGAUCUCCCUGGCUCGGUCAAGCCAGUGCCUGAAACGCCCGGCCCGAUGGUGCCGGGUACGUCCCCAGUGCAGAGCCCGCCUGCUACCACUCCUCAGGAGCAGAUCCGGUCAACAAGUGAAGGAGUGGCUUCUGGUCCGUCUCCUUCACAGAGCAUUGUUCCUAAUCAGCAAAUACCCCCGCCUAUGGAAACCUGGACCCCCUUUGGAAACCAAAAUUUCGUUCAUUGGGGUUUCACUCUUCCCACGGCGGAAAGCCUGGAUACCAUCUACGCCAAUAUCCAUGGCGGGUCGGAAAUGCCGCUCAAUACGGGGCUCAGCCCGGACAGUUUCCAGCUGGGCAUGGACAUGGCUCAACAGCCUGGGGCUUUAUUGGGUCAAUCUCAGCAGGACGGUGAUCACGACUCCGAUAGUGGAGAAGAGAACGAGGCCGAGAGCGACGUGAUUGAACAACUCUCGAAUCGCAUUGGUACCUUAAAGAUCGCGGGGGAUGGUCAUCUCCGGUUCUACGGCGCUACAUCCAACCUCAACCUAGUGGAUGUGUCUGCAACGCAACAGCGACAACGGCCGGAUGCACGCACGGUGCGGCAUGAUGGUCAGGAUAUUCUCAACCAUCUCCGGGUGGGUCAACCCGUUGAUCAGGCCAUGGAGGACCACUUGGUGGAGCUCUAUUUCACCUGGCAGAACCCCAGCAUCUACGUGGUGGACAAGGAGAUGUUCAUGACUGCACGAUCAAAAUGGCGGAAUGAAUAUGACGAUACCCCCUUUUACUCGGAGGUUUUGACCAAUGCCAUGUGCGCUAUUGGGGGUGCUUUCGAGGCACGGUACCAUCCAACCUUUAUCACUUUCCCUAAGUCACUUUCCGAGUUCUUCGCAGACAGGGCGAAAGCGUUGUUGGAGAUUGAACUUGAUUCGCCCUGUGUUGCUACUGUCCAAGCGCUUGUCAUUAUGAGCUGCCACGAAGGUGCAUCGAACCGCGAUGCUCGAGGUUGGCUUUACAGUGCUCAUCUGAAGCCGACGUGCGUCGAGCUGCGUUCUGGGGGAGUUAUGUCGCAGACCAGUCAGUACCUCCAACUUGUAUCAUUCAUUGGAAUUCUCACUAACGACAUUAGUUUCUGGGGCUUCUAUCUGGGUCGUCCAUUCCGCAUGAACGCCGGAGAUAUUUCAGUUCCCAAACGCGCUUCUGCGCUGGGGCCCGAGAAGGAAGAAAUUUGGCAUCCUUAUGGGCUUCAGACCGGCUCAGAUGUGCUUCAAAGGGGGUUGAAAAAUCCUCUAGAACUAAUCUGCAGGCAGUUCGUUGUGCUCUGGGAGAUGAUCUCGCCAGUCGGGCAUAUCCUUCUAUUGAUCUACUUGGAACACCUUCUCACGAACUCCCUCAGCAUGCAAUAUCACCAGAUCGUCAUUUUCAUCCACCGACCAUGGGUCUCUAAGAGCUAUAUCCAGCCGCGGAGUCCCCGCCAAGGGCCCGGGUACCACCACGCGCGGCGCAUGUGCGUCGAAUCCGCCACCGCCGUCGCGCGUCUUCUUCACCUCUACGAAAAACUUUACACCUUCCGCCGGAUGAACAACCAAGUCGUAGCCAUCAUCUUCAGCGCGGCCCUGAUGCUACUGUUCGUCACGGUGUCCAGCUCCGCUCUCACCCCCGGCAAACCCGGUGACAGCAACCCGCACCACCCACGCAACGCCGAGAUGGUGGCCUACCUCAACCUAUGCUUCCGCGCCCUCGAUGAGCUAGGACAAUCGUUUGAAAACGCCAAGCGUACCCGCGACUACCUGGUCACCCUCCAGCGCCGUUGGCAAGCGCACAUGCGCCGAACAGGACCAGCCGCGAAGCGACGGAUCAGCAGCGCAAAUCUGCAAUCCGUACCCUCACAGCAAUCUUCUUCAUUGGCACAGACAGACCGGAACGGCCAGACCAAACCCGUGCCCCGGAAGAAAUCACGCCUCAAUGCUGCUGACCUGCCGUCACAGCAGCAACCUUCUACCUCUGCCGAGUUGCCAUCUUCCUCAGCUACGAUUCCGCCUUUCCACCCGUAUCAACCGCCUCCUCUUCCUUCGCAGCAGCAGCCGCAAUCGCUUUCUUCUUAUCACCGCCAACGCGUUCCCCCACCUCCUUCUCAGCCGGGCGAUCUGGACUGGAUCCGUAACGCCGACCUGCGUUUUCUGCCCGAAGAGAAGGUUGAUCAUGGGGUUCAUGUCCAGGGUCUUGGCCAGAUAUCUUCGCCCCCUUUUGUUGAUGACCCGGGUAUGCUCCCGGAUCUGGGGGAUCUUGACGGGUGGUGGGGUUCGCCGAAUGGAAAUCCGGAACCGGGGGAAUCGUCAGUAUAG